AUGGCAAAGAAGAAAAAAUCUACUGCUGUCUAUCAUCAUGUAUCUGCUGAUGAAGCUGGACGUGAAUUCGGUAUUUCUCUUCUACAAUUAAAAACAUUAAUGGAAACACGAGGUCAAGAAGGUAUUAGAGAGCUCAAUGAAACAUAUGGUGGUAUUGAUGGCCUUGGACAAAGGCUCAAAACAAAUUUAAUAACUGGUUUAUCUAAUGAUGAAACUGAUUUAGCCAUACGUAUAACUGCAUUUGGUCGUAAUGAAAUUCCACGAAAAUCACCAAAAACAUUUCUUCGUCUUAUAUUUGAUGCUCUAAAAGAUCGUACACUUGUUAUACUUAUUAUACUUGGUAUCAUUUCAUUAACUUCAUCAAUUUAUCAUCCAAGUAAAAAAACAUAUGAAACUAAAAUAAAACAAAAGAGAAUAAAUGUUGAAUGGAUUGAAGGUGCAAUAAUUAUUGUUGCCGUAUUAGUUGUUGUUCUAGUAAUAGCAUUUAAGAAUUGGUUGCGAGAACGACGCUUUUAUGAUUCUCAAUCAAAAAUUGAACUUGAUCAAAAAUUUAAUGUUAUUAGAGAUAAUAUAAUACGACAAAUUCCAAUAAAAGAUAUUGUCGUUGGUGAUAUAUGUCAAAUUAAAUCUGGAGAUUUAUUACCAGUUGAUGGUAUUGUUGUACAAUCAAAUGAACUUAAAGUUGAUGAAUCAUCAUUAACUGGAGAACCAGAUUUAAUCCGAAAACAUGAAUCAAGAGAUCCAUUUCUUCUUACAGGUACACAAAUUAUGGAAGGUAGUGGUUCAAUGUUAGUUUUAGUUGUUGGUGAACAUAGUCAAACUGGAAUGAUAUUUAAAUUAUUAGGCACAACAACAGAAGAAAGCAGUGGAAAGAACAUGAACUUCGAAAAUAAAAAUCAGAAACAUUCAAUUUUACAAGCAAAAUUAAGAAAAUUAGCUUGUCAAAUUAAAUAUGCAGGCAUAGCGAUUGCUGUUUUAACUGUAUUUGUUCUACUAGUUCGAUCUUUAAUCGAGAUAUUUGCACAAGGACAUGAAUGGAGUUAUAAAUAUUGGAGUGGAGUUCUACGAUACGUCAUUACUUUUAUAAUAAUAUAUGUCUUUGUUGUACCUAAAUGUUUACUAUUGAUUGUAACACAAUCAUUAGAAUAUGCAGUUAAAAAAAUAAUGAAAGAUAAUAUUAUUUUACGUCAUUUGGAUGCAUGUGAAACAAUGGGUUAUGUAACGUCAAUAUGUUGUGAUAAAACAGGAGUAUUAACAACAAAUCGUAUGACUGUUGUACAAGUCUAUGUUGGUGAAAAACAUUGGAAAAAUGUUGCAAAUUCAGUUAAAACUGAAAAAAUGACUAUACCAGUUAAUACAAAAGAAAUUAUAGUUGAAGGUAUAUCUGUUAAUACUAGUUAUUCAUCAAAAUUAUUAUUGCCAUCAGAAAAAGAAAUAUUAUCAAAACAUAUUGGAAAUAAAACUGAAUGUGGUUUAUUAGAUUUUGUUGGUGUUCUUGAUGGAAAUUAUGAUGAAAUACGUACAUAUUAUCCAGAAGAUCGAUUUAUUCAUAUUUAUCCAUUUAAUUCAAUACGAAAAAAUAUGUCAACAAUUAUUCGACGAUCUAAUUCAACAAUACGUAUGUAUACAAAAGGUGCAUCAGAAAUUGUUUUAAAAAAAUGUAAAACAAUAUUAAAUCAGAAUGGAGAUAUUGUACCAUUUUCAAGUGUUGAUUAUGAUCGUCUUAUACAAACAGUUAUUGAACCAAUGGCAUCUGAUGGUUUACGUACAAUAUGUUUAGCAUAUAGAGAUUUUUCAUUAGAUAGAUUACCUGAUUGGGAUGAUGAAACUAGCAUUAUAGAUCAAUUAACAUGUAUUUGUAUAUGUGGUAUUGAAGAUCCUAUACGAUUGGAAGUACCUGAUACUAUAGCUAAAUGUCGAAAUGCUGGUAUAAUAGUACGAAUGUUUACAGGAGAUAAUGUUAAUACAGCUCAAUCGAUUGCAAUUAAAUGUGGAAUUAUUAAACCUAAUGAUAGUUUUUUAGUACUCGAAGGAGAAGAAUAUAAUAGACGUAUAAAAUCAGAAUUAGAUGAAAAGGUUGAACAAAAUUUACUUGAUAAAGUUUGGCCACAUUUACGUGUAUUAGCUCGUGCAUCACCACAAGAUAAAUAUGAACUUGUGAAAGGUAUAAUUGCAUCAAAAAUUAAUCCAAUAGGUGAAGUUGUUGCUGUUAUCGGUGAUGGAACAAAUGAUGGUCCUGCUUUGAAAAGAGCUGAUGUCGGUUGUGUUAUGGGUAGAGAAGGUACUGAUGUAGCAAAAGAAGCAUCAGAUAUAAUUCUUGUUGAUGAUAAUUUGAAUUCAAUUGUCAAAAUUAUUAUGUGGGGUCGUUAUGUUUAUCAUUCAGUAGCAAAAUCUCUUCAAUUUCAAUUAACUGUUAAUAUUGUGAUUGUCUUAUGUGCUUUUAUUGGAGCAUGUAUUGUAAAAGAAUCUCCAUUACGUGGUAUACAAAUCUUAUGGAUUUAUUUAACUAUGAAUAUAUUAGCAACAUUAGCAUUUGCUUUUGAAAUGCCAACCGAAGAAUUAUUAACACAUAAACCUUAUGGACGUACACCACCAUUAAUAUCUCGCAUAAUGAUGAAAAAUAUUAUUGGUCAUGCUAUUUAUCAAUUAGCUGUAAUGUUUUUUAUUUUAUUUGUUGGACCUAAAGUAUUUUAUAUUGAUGAUGGUCGUCCAAAUGGUAGUAUAUUUAAACCAUCUGAACAUUUUACAAUGAUAUUUAAUGUAUUUGUCUUAAUGACUUUAUUUAAUGAAAUAAACUGUCGAAAAAUUCAUGGCGAAAAAAAUGUUUUUCGUGAAAUAUCGAAAACUCCACUUUUUUAUGGUAUAUGGAUUGUUACAUUUGUUUUACAAGUUGCUCUUGUUCAAUAUGGUUCAGUCAUAUUUUUUUGUGUUAGAUUAACAUUUAAACAAUGGAUGUGGUGUCUUAUUUUUGGUGUUACAGUUCUUCUAUGGAAUCAAAUUCUUAAUUUGAUCCCAGUAUCAUGUCAUACGUCGAAACGGGAUGGACGUGAUGUUUAUGAACUAACAUCAUCUGUUGACUUAGAUCCAGAAGAACAGUCAAGACGACGAGUAAGUCUAACAAAGGAACAAACACUUUGA